CAGCCACUUCUCGAAAGUCGAAAGGGUUUACGAUUUGUUUUCUUUAUCGUCUUUCAUUAUCUGCCGGAAUAUCAGUUGCCGGUGAAUUAGGUUGAAGGGCAAAAUGACUGAAGUAGCUAGCAACGUUGUUCACGAAGUAUUAGGUCCAAGAGCACAGGAUCUAGACCAGCCAAUCAUCGAUUACAUAAUUAACGUCCUCGCGGAUGAAGAUUUUGAUUUUGGAUUUGAAGGCGAAGGUGCCUUUGAUGCCAUUGGAGAACUUCUCGUUGAUUCCGGCUGCGUUACCGACUUUGAUGAAUGUCACUCUAUUUGUAGCAGACUGUCUGAGAAAUUUGGAAAUCAUGGUUUGAUCAAAAUAAAACCAGCAGUCAGAAGCCUUGCUACACCAUUUAGAAUGAACGAAGGAAUGGAUGAAGAGAAAGCUCCAAAAAGGAAACCUGAGCCAGUAGAUGGUCCUCUGCUAACUGAACGUGACAAAAUCAAGCUUGAAAGGAGAAAGAGGAAAGACGAGCGUCAAAGAGAGGUGCAAUACCAAAUGCAUGUAGCAGAAAUGGAAGCAGCAAAGGCUGGAAUGCCUGUUGUAUCUGUAAACCAUGACAAUACUGUUGAAGGACCUUCAGUUAGAGAUAUUCAUAUGGAGAAUUUCAAUGUCUCUGUUGGUGGACGUGAACUUAUUGUUGAUUGUACUGUAACACUUUCUCAUGGAAGACACUAUGGGCUUGUUGGUAGAAAUGGAACAGGAAAAACAACUUUCUUAAGAAUUGGAUUUAGAGAUUCCGAUUUGGAUGCUGUGGAAGCAUUAAUACAAGGUCUUGUUCUAUUCCAAGGAGGGGUUCUCAUGGUGAGUCACGAUGAGCAUCUGAUUUCGGGCAGCGUUGACCAGUUAUGGGCAGUGUCGGAUGGCAGGGUGACACCUUUCAAUGGCACCUUCCAAGAUUACAAGAAGAAACUACAAUCUUCAUAAGUUUCAGUUUUAAUAAUGUAAGUGUAUUAUGAGAUUUCAUUCAUCGUUUUUCUUGUUUUAUGUUAACAAAAGCUUUCACCUCUCGAUUAAUAUUUAUAGUAAAGAAGAUUGUAUCAACUUUUAUUUAUUAUUUACCUUUUUGCUAUCAGCUAGG